CUGAACCUGACUCAUAAACACACAGACUUUACACUGACAUUCUAAAGAAGCUGAGACACAGCUUAGGUGGAUAUUUACGUGCUGGUGGUGUAUUCAGGUAGCUUUUACCUGCUGGUGGUGUAUUCAGGUGGAUAUUUACCUGCUGGUGAUGCAUUCAGGUAGAUAUUUACCUGCUGGUGGUGUAUUCAGGUGGUUUUUACCAGCUCGUGGUGUAUUCAGGUAAAUAUUUACCUGCUGGUGGUGUAUUCAGGUGGCUUUUACCUGCUGGUGGUGUAUUCAGGUGGCUUUUACCUGCUGAUUGUGUAUUCAGGUGGAUAUUUACCUGCUGGUGGUGUAUUCAGGUGGGUGUUACCUGCUGGUGGUGUAUUCAGGUGGACCCCAAGAGAGAAGUCACUCCAUUCGGCACUCUGAUCUACGCUCUUUCUAUCACAUUGGACUUUGUGCACAAUAUACUAGUACAUUUGUCAGAGACAGUGAAUCCGACCUAAACCCCCAGAGAGCAAGCAGAGACGACAGAGGCAAGGGAUAGGUAGAUACUCCAAAGGGACUGGUAUAAACCUUGAGAGGUACCAGACUGCAGCGACCAACUGGACCAAUGGUCUCUAGAUUUUUGGAAAUGGCGCUGUGGAGACGGACAAAGGCUGGCAAUGAGGAGUGUAACCGCGCUGUCCUGGUCGCAGUGUCGAACUUUGACCACGGUGUACCACUGUGCAGGAGGCCGGGGGCAGAGAAAGACGCCAAAAGACUCCACCGUACCCUGACCAGACUGGGAUACAGAGUGGACAUACACACUGACCUCACCUCUCAUGAGAUGUACACACUCUUCAAGACAGAGAGCGAGCGGCCGGUGAAGGAGUGUUUCCUGGCAGUGCUGUCGUCUCACGGGGAGGAGGGCUGUGUGUUCGGGGCGGACGGAAGGCCGGUUAGACUGUCCCACAUCUUCUCCUGCUUCAACAACUCACACAUGGAGGGAAAGACCAAACUGUUCUUUAUCCAGGCGUGUCGUGGGGGUGAGCUGGAUGAUGGGGUGACAGUGGAGACGGAUUCAGCAGGAAGUGAUGUCACUGAGGACACUCUGUCUCAGUACCUGUCCAUCCCCAUGGAUACAGCGGUGAUGUACGCCACCACGCCAGGUUACGGGGCCUUCAUGCACCCUCUGGGUGCUGUCUUCCUCCAGACACUCUGCAUCCUAUUGGAGGAGGAAGGGGGCAGGGCCUUGGAGCUGACACGCCUCCUGACACGCCUCUCCCACCGUGUAGCCUUUGGCUUCCAGGCCAAAGGUCGUCUGCUGGGGGGGAAGAAGGAAAUGCCUUGCUUCGUAUCGAGACUGACCAGAGAGGUGUUCCCAUUCGCCGAGCGCGGGAAGGAGGGCGGGGCCAAUGGGCUUUCUGCAACGACAUUGGUCAACCCAGAGUACAACAGACCUCGCAAACCAUCUAUAAGCUAAACCCAAAGUCUUUGUGAGAUCUAAAGACACUUGUCGCUCACAGAUUGAUAGGGUAGACUUGCUCUGUCAGCUACAUUAGUACGGAUGAUUUUCAAUGUGUUGUUAGCCAGAGGGUUGUGAGUUCGUGCAAAGGUUGGGACAGAAUUUCCACUCUGUUACUUGUGUGCAUGUUCGUGUGCAUAAUAGAAACAGAACAUUGUGAAGAUCAGAUAUGUGGAUAAAGGAACAGAUCUGGAGGUGUUGAUGGUUUCACCUCAGAGUAGAUGAUUAUGGCGUCUUCCUUUACAGACAACUGAUGCAUCUUAAAAUAUUAUAGAUAAUGAACGGUAUACUAUGUUACUUGAGUCUAUUUCUUUAAUUCAAAUGGCAACCUAUGGCUAAGCUUCUGCUUCUAUUUGAAACCAUUAAAUGUAAGUUGAACACGCAUGCUCAAUGUUGAGUGUGUUAAAAACGA